AUGGAUAUUUUCGUAUCUCAGCUCCCGGGGCUCUCUGUCGCUACGCAUCUAUCGAGAGAGCUAGCGAAGGACGACGACGAGAAUAUGCCCGACAACAAAAGCUGGCGCUUGGGACACAGCAAGCAGCCAAAGAAGCCUCCGAGAACAUCUACCCCGCUCAAGAUUGACGUCGACACUCCUGUAGGCACCGAUGAUUCGAGCGAUCGUCGGCUUCAACUUACCUGGCGGAAGACACGGCAGAGCAGCAGACCACAGACUCCUGUAGGCGGUGCGCACACCACGCCUGUCGCCGAAGACGCAGAUGACGCACCAAGCGAACGUUCAGAUACCCCAGCCCUACGUCGAGACUCGAAGCCCAAGCUCGCUCGCUACACGUCGCUCUUCGCCAACUUCAAAGAGACAGCCAAGGAGCCCGAGUUCGCGUUUUCUGCGCCAUGGGGUGAAGAUGCACCAGCGCCCUUCCAGACCUACAUAGAUCCGCUCGACGUCGUAACAUCUGUCCGAUCGCAUAUGAUAACAGCUUCCUGGCCGAUACCUAUGGAGCAUAACAGCGGCCUCUUCCGUGUGUUUGAGGACUAUCGCAAGGUACGAGAGCAGAAGGAGUGUCUCAGUACAAUGCUGGAGGAGACACUCAAAGAUUGGAGAAAGGCCGAGGAGCACUGGACACGCUCAAGAGAUCGUUACGGUGCGGAGAUACGGCGCUUAGAGCUACUCAUAGCUCGUGGGGCCAGUGGCAUGACUGGGAAGACCAUCUCGCACGACAGCUUCCCGCCGAAAUACGACUUCUUCUCACACGCGCAACUUGACCAGGAGAUCAAGUUAAUGAGCCAGAGAGCGCUUCUGAACCGGCCGUCGUCCCCCUCUGGAAAGAUGGCCGUCCUGUCAACGCAGUUCACGAACGACAUGGAAGAGUUGCCUGUAGGCAAUCCACCGCAGACUAGCAAGAAUCUUACAUUGUCGCGCAAAGUCCAGAGCGAGCUCAAUCUCGUUGCCAUUCAGAAGACGAGGCCCUCUCGAUCUUUCACUAGUUCGGUCGCUUCUGGCUUCUCGGGAGGAUCUGGCGACCCUUUGCCUGACGAGAUGACGAUUCUGGAGCACACCGGCAUGGAGCCAGCCACCGAAUGCGAAGCUCUUGUCGCUCUUCGGGCACUAGGCACAAUUGUCGCAAGACGUCGAGGUCUAGAGGUGAACAGUUUCAAUCAUGGUCUCAUGAUGUUGUUCUCGCAGACCAGAUCGGCAGAGAAGUUGACGGCACAUGUCGAAGAGAAUGAUACGCAGACCCCACGUCAAAAAACCAGCUCUGACAAUGGAACAUACGAGUAUUUCGACCAAAGCCUUGCACCGCGGAACACCCUCCGAAAAUUCCAGUCGCAGCCCCAACUCAACACAAACCAAAAGCAUCGCCGACAGUUCUCUUUCGAGCCUGGGGCUGACCAGCUUGAAGCACUCACGGAGGAAUUGAAAGCGCUUGAUGGAGAAGCCAAUGAGAGUGGUUCUGAUGAUUCAGACACCCCCCUUCUCAUGCGGCAGGAACAGUUCUAUCAACAGCCUGCGUAUGCCAGACUCUCCGUCGGCAUUGAGGAACCAACAUAG